AUGAUAGCUGUUGAUCUCUCCUUUACUGGAGCGGAGCCUCGCUUUGAUGCUGUUGACAAGACAGGCGUGUAUGCCAUCACUAAGCAGUACGCAGCAAAGUGUGGCUACAGCGUUGGUGUUCACCCUCUGCUGGGUCUGGUGGAGCUCAGAGCGUCUUACUUCAGUUGUCACACUGACAACAAAGAUGAUGAAGUGUUCACAUUCAAUUUCAAUCUGAAUGCGCACCACGAACAAAAAAAUGCCACCUAUGCAUUGAAGAAGACCUGUUCUCCCUCUGUCCCCUGGUCUCCCAGAGAGGUCACCUGUGAGGUGAACUACAUGGAAGUAUCCGUGAGGAGUAAAAUUACCUGUCCAUCCAGAACAAAGACAGAGACAGACGACUGGAGUGCUUUAAAGCCUGUGCUAGCACACAGCUCCACCACUUCAGACUGGCAGGUGAUGUUUCAAAGAGCAGGGGCGCAAAUGCCGCCUAUAACCAUGUCUCAAGCUCGGAAGAAGGGCUAUGUUUUCGACCUGACAGAUGGAAGGCUUGUGUUUCGUACACCGUAUGGACAACCGGAGUCAUCUAGCACUGAGAUGAACGGGGUUCCAGUGGAGGUGGUGCAUGCCACUGUGUUCUCCAGACAACGCUGGCUUGUACUCAUGGUGGACCUCGUGGCUGCUUGUUCCACACAUAAAGGGUCACGUGAUAACAGCGGUUACGUGAUGUGGAAGACUCCGGAGUUGCUGUACCCCAGCCUCGACAGCACACGGAUCAGGGUUGGACUCAAUGGUGAACUUGAGGAGCGGCCAGUUGCAGAGGCCAAAGGCUACGUUGUGGAGAAGGACAACAGCACAAUCCACAUCAGCGUCCCUUAUAAUGCUGACGGAGGACACAGGAAGAGCUUUGUCACUGGGGGCCUCUACGAGUUUUACAUGUUCCACCUCUACUUGGAGCAAAUCUUUGUGGAUGAUGAUCGCGCAGAGACGAUGCUAAGAAUUCACAGGAUUCUAGUCUCUCCCCUGCUGCCCUGCCUGUUAUUCACCGACAACCAAACGGUUCUUGAGGAGCGAGUUUUCACCGUCUACCUUGGAAACAUCCCCGAAGACAUUGUGUUGACUUCUGUCCACCUGAAUGGACAAGAAUUCCCGGUGCCUUUUCCAAAUGCAAGCAGCUACACUAUCAUGCAAGCUGUUCAACCUAACAACACCCGCGGUUACACUCUGAAGGUGCCUUUUGAUGAUCCUGUUGUUACACAGCAGGUUUCCAGAAAAGAUGCAACUAUUCAAUACAGGCUGGACAUCAAUUACACAAUGAUUGUUGAGUUUUUACGUGAGCCCUAUUACCACCUGGCCUCCAUCGUGGCUUUGUCCCCAUAUGUCUCUCAUCCGGCCUUUGAUGCCGUCUGUUCUGAGUCUGGGAUCAACUUCAAGCUGGACCACCAGCCUUUUGACUACCUGUGGGACAUCAGCAUCGGCUCAGACGUGUUGACGUCUAAGCUGGCAGCCCAGCAUGGCUACAUCUUGACAAAUGAUAGCCAGAGUCUGGUUCUCAACGUGCCGCUCUUCGCUCAUGGAUAUCAGUACGAGAAUGUUACUUUGAAGGGAUUCUUUGCUACUUUUGAAAUCCUUAUGAGGAAUCGGGACUCAUCAGAGGUCCAGACCGCUGUCAAGACAUGUCCAUUCAACUCUGAACUCAUUAUGUGUUCGAGUGAUGGGAGGAUGACGGUGGUGGCUGACUUGUCUCUGGCCAUCCCAAGUGGAGGAAGCGCAGCAAGAACCAACCUUAUAGAUAACAAGUGUGGGCCCAAAGAGGUUGAUGGCACCAGAGCACUCUUCUCCUUUCCUCUUAACAGCUGUGGAUCCACCAUCAAGCUUGGGGUGGAAAAUGUGACCUAUCAAAAUGAGAUUUUCUACAACAAGUCGGUUUCUGGUGAUGCUACUGGAAUCAUGCUGGUGCAGUGUACAUACCCUCUUGCGAGUCUCCGUCACCUUUUCUUAAUGUUCAAAUUUGAGUCGGACACAGCCGGUGUCGGCAGCAUCAUCCGCCCUGCAGCAAAAAUAUCUUCCCCAGUUCUGCAAAGUUCCACUAUCAAACCAACUACGACACUUCAAACCACACCUUCUACCAGAAGUCCAACCAGAAACCCUGUCCAGUUCCGACCUGCCGUCUACCCACCUGCCGUCUACAAACCUGCCGUCUACCAACCCCCCAUCUACCGACCUGCCGUCUACAAACCUGCCAUCUACCAACCUGCCGUCCACCCGACUGCUCGUUACAUCAAAACCCCCACCAAGACAGUCCUGCCCUCCAUCUCCAACAGGACCCUGCGCCACCCCUCCUUCCUGCCUCUUUACGCGGCUGCAGGUUUUACGCACCAGCGUCAGAGCGACAUCCACACAAUCCAUCCCCUCAUCCCUGCAGAGAUCUUCUACACUGACCCCGGUCUACCCCGUGGGAGGAGGAUCCCUAAUUUACCAAGUGGGUUGAGGGUAUUCGAUUGCUCCCGUCUCAACACUCCACCACCCAUCAUGUCCGCCUGCCCGGUGCCACCAAACCGUCCAGACCCGUUCAGAUCUGGACCGCACCCCACCAGAGACCUGGGCAGUUCCACAUGGAGAAUACACAGCACAGAUUCUCUGCCCAGACGGGUUGUCAUCCAGCUUACCCAAGAGGAGGACCAGGCCAUUACUAACCUGCUGAAACUGCACUAUCAAGAGUCACCGCAAAGAGAGGAGGCCGCUGCACAAAUGAACUUUUGCGAUGUUGUCGAGCCACCAGUCAACUCGAACACCGGCCUGCCACCCCACAAGCCCGUCUACGUGGAUGUGCAGAGUCCGAGGGAGGCUGGCUGUACCUAA